AUGCAGCAUCUCACCAAUAGAGACGUUGCCGAGCAGGUUUCACAAGAACAAGACGAGGACGACUGCUGGACUCCGCUCCAACGAGCCUCUCUCGCUGGCGACCUCUCGGCGGUCUGCGCCGCCCUCGCCUCAGGAGCAGACGUCAACGCCCCGCCACAGGGAUACUACGGCCGAACCGCGCUCCAGGCCGCGUGCUCGGCGUCCCGCGCGGAGGUGGUCUCGGCGCUCCUGGCGGCCGGGGCGGACGUGGACGAUCGUCCGGGGAACAACGACGCGAAGAACGCGCUGCAGAUCGCGGCUGGGCAACCAGACAUUGGGAUCGUGCGGGUGCUGCUGGACGGGGGAGCGGACGUCAACGUGCCUGCGGCGAGGUACUUUGGGGCGACGGCGCUGCAGAGCGCUUGCGCUGCGGGGUUGGGGGACGUUGUGAGAUUGCUGUUGGAGAAAGGGGCGGAUGUGAACGCGAAGCCGGCGGCGACGGGCGGGAGGACGGCGUUGCAGGCGGCUGCUGGGGGCGGCUUCGAAGACAUUGUCGAGAUGGUCAUGGACCACGAGGGCGACGUCAACGCGCCGGCGUGUCGGGCCAGAGGAUUCACCGCGUUGCAGGCGGCGAGCUAUCACGGCCACGAGGGGCUGGUCAGGAUGCUCCUUGACGCUGGGGCGGAUGUCGACGCCCAAGGGAGCAGGUUUAAGGGCGCAAGGGCGCUGCACGCCGCAGCGGAGGGGGGACACGUGCGGGUGUGCGAGAUGUUGUUGGGUGCCGGGGCCGAGAUCGAGGCUGGGGCUGGAGCUCGAUGGGGCGGGCAGCAGACGGCGUUGCAGUCUGCGGCUGCAAGGGGCAUGGCGAGGUGGUGA